UUUUGUUCUUGUUAGAGUUGAAGUUAACGACAGACAUAUUCUUACAUCUCACCCCAUACAGUGUCCUAUUUAAAUAGCGCCACGCCAUAACUGCGCGCGAUGGGAGAUUGGGACACGGUAUUUUAGCGGGGCUGCGCGCGCUGACACACGCUCCCGCAGCCCGUCCAACGACGCAUCUCCAAUAAUCAAUGGAACCAGUCCCCUGAGGAACGAAGUGCAGCUGACUUAGUUCCGCCACGAACAUGGGUGUACACAGCACGUGGCUCAUCUAUCUAAGUUAUCUUCUCUGCACCGUGCCUACUGAAUCCUCGCGGGUUCGCGACUCAUUUUAUUCAAGCCUUAAGUACCUCCUCGGCCGAGGCCCGGAUUUUCCAGACACACAGGAAUCCUCCGGAGUGAGUUCCAUCACUGAAGUUGGAAACUGGCCAAUACGAUCCAUUCAACAUCUUGGACAAAUCUCUGGAAUUUCAGUAAACCCUGCAGGACAACCGGUGAUUUUUCACAGAGGUCCUAAGAUAUGGGACUCUGGGUCCUUUAAUGAAUCAAAUUACUUCCAAGAAGGCACUGAAGAACCAAUAAGAGUUGACACAGUCAUCACUUUAGAUGCUGAGACUGGUAACAUUUUAUCUAGCUGGGGAGGUGGCAUCUUCUUUCUUCCACAUGGCAUUCACGUGGAUUUUGAAGGAAACAUAUGGCUCACAGACGUAGCUUUACACCAAGUUUUCAAAUUUUCCCUUGGCGCCAGACGUCCUCUGCUAACUAUCGGGAAGCGAUUCAAGCCUGGCUCAGAUUUUGGUCACCUUUGUAAGCCAACAUCGGUAGCAGUAGCUUCAGAUGGACACAUUUUCAUCGCAGAUGGUUAUUGUAAUUCUCGAAUACUCAAAUUCAAUCAUUUCGGUGAUCUAGAACGAGUCUUUCCGCAAAAUGAAGAGUUCGUUAGCCUGAAAGUCCCGCACAGUAUAACUUUGCUUGAAAAGCAAAACCUUUUGUGCAUCGCUGAUCGCGAAAAUAUGCGGAUAGUUUGUGUAAACCCAGAAAUGGAUCAUUCUGUUGUGCGGACACAACACAGCAUUCAGCAAGCAGAUUUGGGUCGAGUUUUUGCUGUUGCAAAUUCAGGUCAAGAUGACAUGAUCUAUGCUAUCAACGGCCCAACAUCUCCUAAUCUCCCUGUGCAAGGGUUCACAAUUGAGCCUCUCUCGGGAAGAAUCAUCCAUCGCUGGGAACCAACAUCUGAUGCUUUCCACCAACCUCAUGAUGCUGCUGUUUCUCCAGACGGUCUUUAUUUGUAUGUGUGCGAGUUGCAACCGAUUCGGCUGUGGAAGUUUAAACUGUGAAUUCUUUUCAAGUGAGAUACUGGUAUUAAGUUAGGCCUUGUCUCCACGGGACGUUUUCAUGGGAUUUGUCCCAAGUUCGAAUCGCAGGAAUGAAACUUCGGGGAUUUUUCCCAGUUACCGUCUCCACGGGACGGGGCUCAUACAGUCCUGCGACUAGUUUGCGGGGGAAGAUCAAUUAGUUAAAGUCGAGUUUUUAACCGGGAUCAAAAUAAUAAUUGCACUCAAUUGACAAUUAGACACAUUAUUUUAACGAAACAAACAUGAACAAUGGAGUAAUCAACAAAAUAUCGCACAAUUCGUUUUCACUUCUUCUUCCUCUCUCAGUUCCUUCGAGGGGUACAGGGAUCAAAUUUGGUACUGGGAAAAAUAUUGAUUAACUCAAUAUUUUUCCCAACUUCGUAAAUGGGAUUUUUCCCUGGGACCAAUCCCGUGAAACGGCCCGUGGAGACAAGGCCUUAGGCACCUUCCUGUAUUAUUUUAAAAGUCUAAGACAAUUUGUAGGUCAAGAUGAAAUUCAAACGUCUAUUUUUUCUGAGGGAUAAUAAAGAAUAAUUUUAUGUUUUCUUCCAAA